CUCUCUUUCUUUCUUUCUUUCAGAUAGUUAUCGUACCUAACUUCCGUCCGUCGUCUCGACAUGGCGCGUGUCCAUCUUGACCUGACCGACUAUCUCUGCUGUGUGUUCUCGCGCGUGAAGCCUCGCGAGAACACACGACGUCACGGGAUAAUGGUCGGAGGCUCUCGCGGAUAUUAAGAAGCAGCAGAGAUGACUCACGUCACCAGCCACGGGAAGCUGCUCCUGCAGCGCCUACACCAGCAGCGAGAGAUGGACUUCUUGUGCGACAUCACCAUCAUGGUGAGAGACGUGGAGUUCAGAGCCCACCGCAACAUCCUGGCCGCGUUCAGCAAGUACUUCUCCGCCCGGGCGGAAAAGGGUCAAGACGUCACGAACUUGGACCCCGAUAAGGUCAGCCGCUACGCUCUGGAGAAGCUUCUGGAGUUCAUCUACACGGGACACAUGAAUCUGAGCAGCACCAGACAGGCGGCCGUGCGGCGAGCGGCUGUGUUUCUGGGAAUGCCUGAAGCCACAAAGUAUCUGGAGGAAAUCCACCACUGGUCCGAGCUGAGCGAAACGUCCCAGUCGGAGGCGGAUAAAGAAGCCGGACUCUCUCCUCACAGCCCGACAUCUCCCAGUAGCCCCAGCUCACCAGUUCCCCUGUCUAUCGUGUCCGUCACAGGGGACUGGCACGACGAGGGGAAGGACGGCAGAGAGCCGGGCGGCGACGAGGCCAAAGAUUUAGAUAUGGAAGAGGCAGACAGAAGCGAUGAAGAGUACACGCCCACCACGCCGAAGAGCGUUGGAAGAGGACAGGGGAGGAAGAGAGGCAGGCCGAAGAGCCUCGGCAGCGAGCAGGCGGAGCCGAGCAGCUCGGCUGACGCCACUCCAAAAACCCAGAGCUACAGGGGGAGGGGGAGAGGGAGAGGCAGAGGGAGAGGCAGGGGGAGAGGGAGAGGCGGUCCGAAAAGUGAAGACCUGUCUCUGGAAGAUUCGGACACUAGUGUGAAGGACUUCGGAGACACCUCCGCAGACUGGAGCCCCUCGCAGGACGACGACAUCCCGGUCAAGAUGCCCCGACUGAGCGCCGGAGACGGGAGGAGAGGACGAGGCCGUGGGAGGGGGAGAGGGAGAGGGAGAGGCAGGGGGAGAGGCAGGUGGAAGAUCAAGGAGGAACCAGAGGAGAGCGUCUGGGGGGCGACGUACGACGACGGCAGGGUGUUGGAGGAGGAAGACGAGGACGAUGAGGACGACGAGGUGGAGGAGGGCGAGAUCGGGGAACACGAGCUCGCCGAGCUCGGCGAGAUGUCGCUGUCGUGCACCGAGUGCAACAAACAGUUUAAAGACGCGAGCAGCCUGCACAGGCACGAGAAGAUCCACAAAGGCCUGAAGCCGUUCGUCUGCAUCUUCUGCUCUAAAAACUUCAGACAGGCCACGCAGCUGAAAACUCACCUGCGCAUACACACAGGCGAGAAGCCGUUCAGUUGCUCCGACUGCGACAAGUGUUUCGCUCAGAAGUGUCAGCUGGUCGCUCACCGCCGGAUGCACCACGGAGAGGAGAAGCCGUACACCUGCGAGCGCUGCGGCUUCAAGUUCGCCACCUCGUCCAACUAUAAAAUCCACAUCAGACUGCACAGCGGGGAGAAGCCGUACGUCUGCGACAUCUGCGGUCAGGCGUUCGCUCAGUCGAGCACGUUGACCUAUCACAAGCGACGGCACACCGGAGAGAAACCUUACCAGUGCGACCUGUGCGGCAUGUCGUUCUCCGUCUCUUCUUCUCUCAUCGCUCACGCACGAAAACACACAGGUGAGACGCCGUACAAAUGCUCUCAGCUGGAGUGCGGCCAAAGUUUCGUGACGUCUUCCGAACUGAAGAAACACAUAAGACGAUUUCACCCAGAGGGGAACACCGGCGUGCAGUGUCUGCUGUGUGGAAACCGGUUCGCCAGCGUGAAGAACAUGAUCAAACACCAGGAGAAGGCUCACGCCGACGAAGUGCGGCAACACAAGGAGAGAGCCAGAGCAGUAGUCCUUCUGGCUUCCAGUCAUCCCGUGGCAUUUGUCCAGAGCAAACUUUCCCAGGAAAACAAAGGUAUGGAUUCGAUCCCUGAAGGCGAGCCACCCAACCCCGAACCAGCCACCCCCAACCCCAAAGCCACGGCGCCGUCCACAACCGACGCUGAUGCCGACGCCGCCACCACUGACGGCAUCAUCCAAGAGCCCCCGAUCAGCACCGCCGACCAAGUGACCUUCGAAGCCGAAGCCGACCCCGACCAGGAGCAGACCAUCAACUCGGACACCCUUCACGCUCUGGUGGAACAGCUGCGACCGCCGCCCUCCCCAGCCCAGAACCCGGAGAUCAUCUCCGAGUACAAGGACCACAUCGACAGCGUUUCAGAGGCUUCCCCGGCCCAGAGCCUGGAGCAGAUCGUCAUCAUCAGGACGGUGGACAACGCCGAACACAACCCUCCUCAGCAGUGAGGCCUCGAGCCAAGCGGCGUCACUCUGCCAGAACGCUUUUAAAAUCCAGGAGGUGGAGAAAGAAAAAGCGUGAUCGCUCCCUAAACCUCACCGUUGUAUAGAUCUAAACCAGACGAGGCGAACGUCCUCGAGUUUAGUCUAGAAGAGUCUUUGCUGAAAUGUGGAAACGUUCCACGAAGUCUCUUCAUGUAGAGUCGUGUGUCUUUGUGUAACAUCAUCGACGUCGGAUAGAAACUCACUCUGCUCUCUGUUUUUUACCAAAACUCGAGACUAACAACAUUUCCUCAGACGUUUUUCUGUCGCAGCUCUGUUUGGAUGAAUAAUCAACACAAAGUUUAUCGGACAUGAAUGUCGAUCAUACAAAUAUAUAACGGGACAGCCAGUACAACUCGCAUUGUUUUAAUAGGUAGUUUAGUUAGGAGCCUCGUUAUCAGCACAUUUUAUUUAUCAUUGAGUGUUUGACACGUGAUGAUGGCUUUAUUAACGUAAACAUAGCCCUGUUAAUGCAAACUGAGGAUUUUGUUUCAGUGUAAUAUAGUUUGUUUGUUUUUUAAAGCAGCUGUUUUAGCUCUUGUGUUGGUGCUUCAGGUUCCAGACUGCAUCAUACCGUGUUUCUCUAAACUUGAACAAGAAGCUGAUUUUUGUUUCGUUUGUUUGUUUGUUUAUGCUUUCUUUUUUUUAUUAUUUUGGAUAAAACGUCUGCAUUACUUGUACAGAAAUGUGAAUUACACCUACAAGUUCACGCCUGUAUAAAAACUGUACAACAGAAAAAUAAAAUUAAAGACAAAGGGAAAAUUA